GAUGAAGAAUUAGACAUCCGGGCAGUGUGCAUGGAAGAUGGCGACACUUACACUCCCUGGUGAAUGGAUCAAAAACUGGGAAAAAUCUGGAAAACACGAGUUUGUACAACUCUGCAAAGACCUUACAGAGAAAACUGAUCAUGGAAUGGAAAUUAAAGACAUACAGACCGCCCUCUAUGAGCUCUGCUGGCAAGUUGUUCAGGGAAACCUGAAGUGGGAUCUUGGUGCCAGCGUCCUCGGGGACAUGAUGGCACUAAAAGAUGACAUGCCAUCAAUUUUAGCAGAUGUGUUUUGUAUACUAGAUUUAGAAACUAACGCGCUGGAAGAAAAAAACAAACGUGACCAUUACACUCAGUUGGUGGGAGCAUGCUUGUGUUUUGUACCUGAAGCCAUCCUGAAAGAGAGGCUGGAUCCAGAAACCCUUGAAUCCCUUGGACUGAUCAAGCAAGCCCAUCAGUUCAAUCAAAAAAUAGUCAAAAUCAAGACUAAGCUGUUUUAUAAGCAGCAGAAGUUCAACUUGCUGAGGGAGGAGAAUGAGGGCUACGCCAAAUUAAUCACUGAGCUUGGCCAAGACUUGUCGGGCAGCGUCACCAGCAGCCUGGUCCUGGAGAGCGUACAGUCCCUCAUAGGCUGCUUCAACUUAGACCCUAAUCGUGUUUUGGCUAUAAUCCUGGAGGUGUAUGAGAGUCGCUCUGACCAGGAUGACUUCUUCCUUUCCCUCAUCAAGUCCUACAUGUGUGAGCCAAUCACCCUUUGCCACAUUUUGGGCUUCAAGUUCAAGUUUUACCAGGAGCCCAAUGAGGAAACCCCCAAGUCACUUUAUCACAUUGCAGCUGCUCUUCUUCAUCAUAACCUAAUAGAGCUGGAUGACCUCUAUGUGCAUCUGAUGCCACUUGAUGCCACCAUCAUGGAAGAACACAAACGAGACAUUUCGGAGGCUAAGCAGAUCGCCCGCAAGCUCGUCAUGGUUGUGCUGCCCUCAGAGAAAAGUGAAGACAAGGAGAAAGAAAAGGAAGAAGAGAAAAACGAGAAGCCACCUGAUAACCAGAAGCUCGGCCUUUUGGAGGCACUGCUCAGGAUUGGAGACUGGCACCACGCUCAGAGUGUUAUGGACCAGAUGCCUUCUUUUUAUGCAGCUUCUCAUAAGGCCAUCGCCCUGGCGCUCUGCCAGCUUAUCCACCUGACUGUGGAGCCUCUUUACAGAAGAGCCGGCAUUCCAAAAGGGGCGAGGGGCUGUGUGCUGCAGCCACUAAGGAACAAUCGGGCUCCUCAACUCGCAGAAAGUUUCGAGGACCUACGAAAGGACACGUUCAGCAUGCUGUCCUACCUGGGCCCUCACCUCUCCCAUGAUCCCGUUCUCUUUGCCAAGAUUGUGCGACUGGGCAAGGCCUUUAUGAAAGAGUACCAAGCGGAUCACAUACCUGAGGUGAAAAGUAAGACGCAAUUUCAGGAACUCUUGUUGAGUUGUUUCCUGAGCAUUGCAGACCAGGUGCUUCUGCCGGCUCUCUCUCUGAUGGAGUGUAACGCCUGCAUGUCUGAGGAGCUGUGGGGUCUCUUCAAACUAUUUCCCUACCAGCACAGGUACCGGUUAUAUGGUCAGUGGAAGAACGAGACGUACUCUGGCCAUCCAUUGUUGGUUAAAGUAAAAGCUCAAACUGUGGAAAGAGCCAGAUACAUAAUGAAGCGUUUGACCAAAGAGAAUGUGAAACAGUCAGGAAGGCAGAUUGGCAAACUCAGCCACAGUAAUCCCACCAUCCUCUUUGACUAUAUGCUGUCUCAGAUCCAGUGGUACGACAACCUCAUUGUUCCCGUGGUGGACUCUUUGAAAUACCUCACGUCGCUCAACUAUGAUGUCCUGGCCUAUUGCAUCACUGAAGCUCUGGCCAAUCCUGAGAAGGAGAAGAUGAAACAUGAUGACACUACCAUCUCCCCAUGGCUUCAAAGCCUGGCCAGUCUGUGUGGGGCCGUGUUCAGAAAAUACCCGAUUGAGUUGGCGGGCCUCCUUCAGUAUGUUACCAAUCAGUUAAAAGCUGGCAAGAGUUUUGACCUGCUGAUUCUGAAAGAAGUGGUGCAGAAAAUGGCUGGCAUUGAGAUCACAGAUGAGAUGACCUCAGAACAGUUAGAAGCCAUGACCGGAGGAGAGCAACUCAAAGCUGAGGGGGGGUACUUCGGCCAGAUCAGGAACACAAAGAAGUCUUCACAGCGUCUGAAGGAUGUGCUUCUGGACCAUGAACUCGUCCUUCCGUUGUGUUUACUUAUGGCCCAGCAACGAAACGGGGUGAUUUUCUUGGAGGGGGGAGAGAAACAUCUUAAACUUGUCGGCCACCUCUACGACCAGUGCCAUGACACUCUGGUACAGUUUGGUGGAUUUUUGGCCUCCAACCUGAGUACAGAGGAUUACAUCAAGCGCGUUCCGUCCAUUGAUGUUCUUUGUAACCAGUUUCACACUCCACAUGACGCUGCAUUCUUCUUGUCUCGCCCAAUGUUCGCUCAUCAGAUUUCGUCAAAGUAUGAUGAGCUGAAAAAAUCAGAAAAGGGCAACCGGCAGCAGCAGAAGGCGCAGAAGUAUGUGGCGGCCUGUGAGCAGGUGAUGACACCAGUCCACGAGGCUGUGGUCUCCCUCCAUCCUUCCAGAGUGUGGGACGAUAUCCGACCUCAGUUCUACACCACCUUCUGGUCGCUCACCAUGUAUGACUUGGUCGUGCCGCAAGCUGCCUACGAUCGUGAGGUCAACAAGCUCAAGGCCCAGAUCAAGGCCAUCGAGGAUAACCCAGAGACACCCUUAAAUAAGAAGAAGAAAGAGAAGGAACGUUGCACCGCCCUGCAGGAGAAACUCCAGGAAGAGGAGAAGAAGCAGACGGAGCAUGUCCAAAGAGUUCUGCACCGCCUCAAACUAGAGAAAGACAACUGGUUGUUAGCAAAAUCCACCAAGAACGAGACCAUCACAAAGUUCCUGCAGCUCUGUCUGUUCCCUCGCUGCAUCUUCUCGUCCAUCGAUGCCGUGUACUGUGCACGCUUUGUCGAGCUGGUCCACCAACAGAAAACACCCAACUUCUGCACCCUCCUCUGCUACGACAGGGUGUUUUCUGCCAUCAUUUACACUGUGGCCAGCUGCACGGAGAACGAGUCUCAUCGUUACGGACGCUUCCUCUGCUGCAUGUUGGAGACGGUGACCCGGUGGCACAGCGAUCGAUCAGUCUACGAGAAGGAGUGUGUGAAUUACCCCGGCUUCCUGACCAUCUUCAGAGCUACAGGCUGGGAUGGAGGGAACACAGUAGAUCAACUAAAUUAUGAGAACUUCAGGCAUGUGGUGCAUAAAUGGCACUACAUGCUGACUAAAGCUUCUGUUCACUGCCUGGAGACUGGAGAUUACACCCACAUCCGGAACAUUCUGAUUGUGCUCACCAAGAUCCUACCCUGCUACCCAAAGGUCCUGAACCUUGGCCAGGCGCUGGAGUGCCGUGUCCACAAGAUCUGCCUUGAAGAGAAGGAUAAGAGACCAGACCUCCAUGCCUUAGCGAUGGGUUAUUCAGGUCGGUUGAAAAGCCAGAAGGUGCACAUGGUCCCUGAGAAUGAGUUUCACCACAAGGAGCAGCCAGCGCGUAGUGCCACACCUGCUAGUCAGCAGAACGGACCCGGCAGCACCAGCAAGCCUGCCACCAGCACAAGCAAGGCAGAGGAGGGGGCGUCAGAAGAUUGUGAUCGAGGCAAGGAUAAAUCUCAGGGGACCUCAAAGCCAGUGAACAAAGCCAACAGUGCAGCAGCCAAAAUUACCACAAGCAACGGAAACGGUGCUCUCAAUAGCACCAAAGCUGUUAAAGAGCGGGACGACAAAGAGAAGAUUGUAAAAGAGAAAAAAGAGAAAAAGGAGAAGACACCAAGCAGCACUCCAGAGACAAAGGCAGAGAACCGUCGAGAGAAGCAGAGAGACGAAAAAGCAGUGAAGGAGGAGCGGGUGAUGCGCGAGGGUAAGGAGAAGACCCCGAAGGCAGACAGGGAGAAAGUCAAGCCAGAGGAGAAGAGCAGCAAAGAGGACAAGGCCAAAGCAGGAAACGUAGAUCCCGUGGAUCCAUCCAGGGAUGCCGUCAAGGAGUCUAAGAGCAAGGAGAAAGGAGACCGAAACGCUGCGACCGUGUCCCUCAAGUCACCUAAUCCUAGAUCAGAGCCUGCUGAAUCUGAGAGGGAUCACAAAAGACGAAAGCUCGACUGUCACUCUUCCCCGUCCCACUCCUCGUCUGUUAAGGACAGUAACAACGAACUCAAGGAGUCCACACCCAAGCACCACACCAACUUAAAUUCAGUUGCCCGGUCCAAGAGCAGAGAGAGGGAAGUGGAGAAGAAAGACACAGAGAACGCACAAGGCCGAUCCAAAGAGAAGAAGGAAGAAAAGGAUCGGAAAGAAAGGAAAAGAGAUCACACCGUUGCUGACCGUGAGGUGAGCCAGGAAAACAAGCGCAGAAAGGAUGAGAAUGGCACCAACUCUUCUAAAAACAGCCAGAGCACAAGUCCGUCUUGUGGCUCUCCACUGUCGCCUGAAAAGGAGAAAAGCAAAAGAUCCAAAUCUUCCAGCAAAGAAAAGGUCGAGUCUGUGAAACCUGAGCGAGCGUCCUCUGGAGGCAAAAAGGAGUCUCGACAUGACAAAGAGAAGAAAGAGAAGAGCAGCGGUGGAAAGGAGGAGAAAAAACAUCAUAAAUCGUCCGACAAGCACAGAUAAUGUGCGCCCAUCAGUGAAGAACUGGAUAAUCUGCGUUUUUAUCAGCAAGACAUCUUCAUCGCCACCUGCACCUCAUCAUACACUUGUAUUAUUUUCUCCACUACUGUCGUUAGUUGUAGCUAUUAUUUAGUUCACCCCGUUACUUUUCCCCUUCGAUUGUUUAGCCAGCUGAAAUUUAUACACAUUUUCCCUUUUUUUUAAAUUAUUUUUGUUCAGAAUGGGCACAACUUGCUGCUGUAAUCACAGUGUUAUGAUGAAAUGUGGUUACUGUAUGAAAUGGUAAUUUCUUGGUAGAAUCUGGUCAUUGGUUCAAUAAUUCCAAGCUUGAAAAUAAGUUUUAGUUUUUUUGUAAGUUAUCAGGCCUCACCUUUCUGCUUGUUUUAUGGGAUUUAAUGUGCUGUCAGUACUCGCCUCACAUCCUCUUGAGACACUUUUAUUUAUCUCCUCCUUUUAAUCUGUUAAACAGCAGUGAGAAAAACCCGACGGACCAGUUUGUAUAUUGUGUACAUUAAUGAAGAGGGUAACAUGAAACUCGCAUCAUGUUAUUUCUUUUUUUUUCUCCUCCUUCUUUUGGUGUCCCAUACAGUUCUGUGAUUUCUGUGUUAAUCAGGUUUUUACAUAAUUUAUAUUAAAAAAAAAAAGGUCUGUUCAAUUUAAAUUCAAAUGUAAAGAAAAUAAUCUGCGGUGAAAACAUUUUGACUUUCUGUACUCCAAAUACAGCCGUUUCAGAAAUGA